UCCAGGUUCCUGGAAGCACGGCGAUCUGGAAGGCUGGGAAAUCCCGGUUCGCGUGUGUUCGUCUGUGGGUCUUGUUGACGAUAGACUCUGAGUUGCCAGAUUCACGAGUCUUAACAUCUUCUGACACUUGCAAGUUGUUCAUUUGACACACUUGGCGAAACUCGGUUGUAAACGGGGGUUGUUAAGAGCGUUUAUAAACACGUGUAAUAAGGAGGGUAUAUGUUGUGUGGUGCGAUAUGUGGAGUUGUGUGUGGUGGAGCGAGGUGGCAUGUACAACACUCCCCUCAGCGCGGGUAGCUCCCCUUACUCUGGUCUCAGCGCUGGAAUGAACACCGCUGGAACCUGGCGUGGUGCCACCCUUCACCAGGCCUAGUUCAGUGCCUCCGUCGCUCCCCUCAACACACACUGUGGUUUCGUAGAAGAAUUAGAAAAGCCUAAAGAUAAAAACCAUAGUUUCCAAACAGAUAAAAAGGUGCCAACUUGGAAUGUCAUCAAUGAAAUCAGUGAAUUUUGUUUUUGUGAAAACAAUGUAAGAAAAUAAUCGGUGUUCCACUCAGGAUAAAACAAAGUGAAAAAUACUCACACUUUAAACCGAGUAACUUGAGUGGAUGCAAAUGCUGAAUCAGCCAUGACCCUCGUUUGUUAUUUUAGAUUCAGCUACUCAGAACAACAAGUUCCAGUAGCACGGUCUAUGGUGAGCCCGUAGAAUCAUGAUCAAGUGUAGAGUGUAGAGAGAGGUGUGUGUGUUAAGCUCAACGAGGAACGCACUCUCAGCAUGACAGACAAAAAGAAAUGGAAUGAGUGGGUGGAGUGCGUUCCAAGUUUCUACGUCGCGUCGGAGCCUGGUCCCUCCUGGAGGUACUCCAGCCCCGUCGCCUCCGCCCACACCACCACCGCCGUCACCACCACCACGCCCACGCCGCCCAACGCCACCACAACUUCGCCCUCGGGUGCCAAGAGAGCCUCUCCUGCUGCUACCUGUGCAGCACCCAGGCUCUCAACAGUUGCUGCUCUCUCUUCAAUACACCUAACCAACGGAACCUCAACAUACGCCACUGCCACAUCGACGUACGUCACUGCCACGUCCACGUACGUCAUAUCUUCCCCAAGUCGCGUCAUCGCGUCACCGACGUAUGUGACCGCUAAUCCGGCGUCCAGCAGCCACCAGCUUGUGUACUACACCACACACAGGUACCUCUAGUUACAG